UUUCCCCCCCCCUCUCUCUCUCUCCCUCUCUCCUUCUCUGCGUACGUACGUGACUGUCGCAGCUCUGCAGCCUAAACUCUCAUAUCACACCAUCCAGAUGCCUCUUAGUCGCUAAUCUGCCUCUGUGUGGUGUAGUAUUGCGGUUAAUCUUUGAUCAGGUGACAUUUGCGGUGGUUUUGCACACUGAGAUGGAGGUUCACUGUUUUUUUCCCCUCCGUGGAAUGCUGUGACGCUGAUGUAGGAAAUCAGGGAAUGGGUGGAGACGACACAGAAUUUUGUUCUCGGCAUUUGGAAACUUUUUUUUUAAAUAUCCGGUUUGGUAGGAAGUUGUUUGGUGUCUUAUGUGGCGUGAACAGUGGGGGAAAUGUGCGUUAAUAAGAGAAUGCGAGCAGUAGCAACAACAAAACUCUCAAAUCCCAGACAAGCUAGGUGCGUACGUGUUUUAACUACAAAGUACGUCCUAAACACGCUUGUUAUGACUUCUGUCGUAAACAUGGCAAACGCAAUAAAUGAAUAUAAACUGAAUUCCCAACGUAUGACACAUGUCUAAACAGUAUAUUACAUUUAGCCCAACACAUAAUGUGAUAAAACCAUGCAUGACUUAUUACGUUUAUCUACAAAACAUGUAUUGACAUGUUUUUUUUUAAUUUGAGUACAUGAAAUGUAUUCAAACUAUGUGACACAUUGACCAGUGGCGCGCACAGACAUUUAGAAGGGCAAAGGCGAAAAUUCAAAAAAGGGCACCUAACGCAUACUUUUGGUCAAACUUUUGACCUCUAUAUAUCUAAUUUUUCUCCACAAGAAAGACACUCUUUUUAAUUUAGAGCUUUUAGAGGCCACUCCAGAGAGUGUAUGCCACUGACAGUUACAUAGAAUCAUUAAACAAACACAAACAACUUAUAUUGCUAGUGUGUGUCUGUGUGUGUUUGUUUUAAAGGAUAAUUUACGACCACACAGGUGACAUACAGCUUUUAUUCCCAUUAUCUCUCUCAGUAAUAUGUAAUGUAUUACAUUUACAGAUGGAGAGACUUCAACUCGGUUAACUCACUCAGCGUUGGGACUACAGUCUGAAUUAGUUCAUAUAGUCAAAUUAUUUCAUGGGAAAACAUGACGGGGGGGCUCUGGAACCUUUUCUUUUUUUUUAUCUUCCUUGGCUGAGAAACACAACAGAGAACGUCUGGUUUAGAGGUUAGAGUGGGAAAUCCUAUGUGAACUUGCAGAGCAGGCAUUUGUUGACUCAACACUGUUAUUUUAGUCAUGUGGGAAUUCCUGACCAACAUGCACAGGCCCUGACCUUUGAUUGAAUAUGUCACUUUCGAAACCUUUAUUUUGUUCAGGGUGUCGACAAAGGACUCAUUCACACAUUUUGUAAGUGCAAACACACGUACAAAAACAAACGUAUAAAAAGUGUUUUUUAACAAACUAACAUCACCAUGUGCCUGUUAUUUUUCUUAGGAUAUUGCAUUGACUUCCAUUAAUUUGGAAGUUUGGUGCUAGAGAAGCUUCUAAGAAGGACCCUCAUAUACUGUACAUAAUGCAUUCCCUAGCCCCUAACCUUAAACUUAGUUCUAACCCUUAAAAAGCCAGAAAAAAAAGCCUUUAAAGUUGUGAGGACCAGCCAAAUUGUCCUCACAAAGCGACAAAUAAUAGAACACUCACACACAAUCACCUAGUCCCUCCUCCAAAACAAGUCAGUGUUGCCCAGGAAACAGUCAGAAAUGUGCCCACAUGUCGCACAAAAGGGUUCAAACACACCCUUUUUCUCUCACUGGUAGUCAAGUCCUGACUCUCAUAUUUCACUAAGUCAAUGACCGGAUCAGCAGGUUGACACGCGACGUGGCUGUAGUGAGUCAAGGCUCUCUGUUUUUGUCAUUUUAAAUGAAUGGUACCUCUCACGGGAACAUGAUCUGUGGUCGACUGUGACUGAGCGGUACUUGAAUGCCUCUUCCUGUGUGCUGCUCUGUCGGACUGUUCCACCGACGCUUGUGUUUCUUCAGCAACUUCAAACUGCAGGGCACACUUGAAACACUGACGUGAUGGCCAGUCCAGAGGAGGUGAUUGAGCCCGAGGCUCUGACCUCGGCGGCACAAAACCUGGGCAGAAGGCGCUUCUCGCGUGACAUCCACAAUCUGAGUCCAGAUGAGUUUGAUGGCCUCAUGUCCAGCACUGAUGGGCGUCCUUUCCUGGUAGUGCAUCAUCUUCCCGAGGUGAAGGAGACGGGGGUACCUUACUUGAUUCCCGGUGUUCCUAUCACAUGCAAAGUGGACAACACGGAGAAAUACACUACUCGCUCAAAGGUCCACGUCGGGACUCUGUACACUGUGCGGCUCACACACGGACAUUUCCACUGGAUAGUGAAGAGGAAGUACAAGCAUUUCCAGGAGCUGCAUCGAGACCUUUACAAACACAGGAUGAUGAUUCAGUGGCUGCCGAUGGGAAGAUUUGCAAAAGAAAGGCAGCAGCUGAGAACCAUGUCGGCGGAAAUGCCCAGCCUGCAUGGGACUGAAAGAACCAGAAGGACCUCCAGCAAAAUGAAAUAUCUUGAGGAGUAUCUGAAUGGACUACUGGAGAACAGAUUCUGUAGGAAUGACCACAGCAUGCUGGAAUUCCUCUCUGUGGGCGCUCUCUCCUUCAUCACUGAUCUUGGACCCAAAGGCUUGGAGGGGCCCAUCUCCAAAAGGUCCGGCGGUCACCGUAUCCAAGGCCUGAACUGCUUUGGCCAUCAUCAGUUCUGUUUCCGCUGGUCUCGCCGGUGGCUGGUGGUGAAAGACUCCUUCCUGAUGUACAUGAGUCGAGACAACAGCUGCAUCAACUUUGUGUUGCUGUUCGACCCGGAGUUCAAAGUGAAAGUGGGCCGUGCUUACACGGACACAAAAUACGGCGUCUGCAUCGAGAACUUCACGCGGAAUCUGGUCAUCAAAUGUAGCAGUUAUAGACAAGCUCACUGGUGGAGUCAUGAAAUCAACCGGCUGGCAGAUUCCUGUGAUUAUCUCAAAGUGCAACGCUUUGACGGGUUCGCACCGCCGCGUGAGGACACGCUUACUAAAUGGUAUGUGAAUGGGAGGGGCUACUUUGCAGACCUGGCUGAUGCUCUUGAGAAAGCCAAGGAGGAAAUCUUCAUCACUGAUUGGUGGCUCAGCCCUGAAGUUUUCCUAAAGAGGCCAGCGACUGACAAUUACUGGCGCCUGGAUGAAAUCCUGAAACGGAAAGCAGAACAAGGAGUCAAAGUGUGUGUCCUGCUGUAUAAAGAGGUGGAGCUAGCCCUUGGCAUCAAUAGUGAACACAGCAAGAGGACGCUCAUGAAUAUGCACCCAAACAUCAAGGUGAUGCGGCACCCUGACCACGUGUCCUCUGUGGUGUUACUGUGGGCUCACCAUGAAAAGAUGGUGGCCAUUGACCAAACGGUGGCUUUUGUCGGGGGAAUAGACCUGGCGUUUGGGAGGUGGGACGACAGCCAGUACCGGCUCACUGACCUGGGGUUGACAGAGAUGCCCAGUGUACCUAAGGAGGAUCCAAAGGGAAAUACCGAAGACAAUGGUGAGGUGGAUGGUCCUAAACCAUCUGAGCCAGAUAAUCCAGCACAGCGGGAUCCUGGCAGUCUGACAGGCAACACCAAACUGUGGCUUGGCAAAGACUACAGCAACUUUAUCAAAAAAGACUGGGUCCAGUUGGACAGACCCUUCGAGGAUAACAUCGACCGUACUCAAAUUCCUCGCAUGCCAUGGCGCGAUCUGAAUGCAGCCAUUCACGGCCGGGCUGCCAGGGACGUUGCCCGCCACUUCAUCCAGCGCUGGAACUUCACCAAGAUCUUCAAAAGCAAGUACAAGGACGACUUCUACCCCUACCUUCUUCCCAAGUCUCAGUGCACGACCGACUCGCUCCCGUUCACCGUGCCUGGCUCCAGUAAAGCCAAAGUGCAGGUGUUGCGCUCUGCCGAUCGAUGGUCAACUGGAACCUGCGAGUGCUCCAUUCUCAACGCCUACAUCCACACCAUUAAGAACAGUGAGCACUACAUCUACAUCGAGAACCAGUUCUUCAUCAGCUGUGCUGACGCGAGGACCGUCCAUAAUGGCAUCGGCGACGCGAUUGUGGAUCGAAUCCUGCGAGCACACAGAGAGCAGAAGAAGUACAGAGUGUUUGUGGUGAUUCCACUGCUUCCUGGAUUUGAAGGAGACGUCAGUGCCGGUGGUGGAAACGCCAUCCACGCUAUUCUGCACUACACUUACAGGACCAUUUGCAGAGGGGAACAUUCCAUCCUAUCACGACUGAGGGAAGUUGAAGACAAGUGGACGGAGUACAUCACAGUCUGUGGCGUGAGAACGCACGCCCGGCUCUCCCAGUCGCUCGUCACGGAGCUCAUUUACGUUCACAGCAAGACCCUCAUUGCUGACGACCGCUGCUAUAUCAUCGGAUCGGCCAACAUCAACGACCGCAGCAUGCUUGGCACGAGAGACAGUGAGCUGGCAGUGUUUGUGGAGGAUGAGGAGAGGGUGCCAUCCAUCAUGGGAGGCGAGGAGUAUCAGGCGGGACCCGUGACGCUCGCUCUGCGCAAAGAGUGUUUCAGUGUCCUUGUUGGCUCCUCGUCGGACCCAAGUAUCAAUAUUGAUGAUCCCAUCAGUGAUCAUUUCUUCUUCUUGGUAUGGAAUGAAACUGCUAAACUGAACGCCGCCAUUUAUGAGAAGGUCUUCAAUUGCCCGCCCCUUAACAUUCUCCACAACCUGCGGGAAUUGAGGGAGAACUCGAACAAGCGGCCCCUCUGUGACACAGACCCUGAGCAGGCCUCGGAGGAGCUGAAGGCCGUGCGCGGACUGCUGGUCCACUUUCCCCUCAAAUACUUGUGCGAGGAGAACCUGCAGCCUUCGCUGACCACUAAGGAGGGCAUGGCUCCUGUAGAGCUGUGGACAUAACCGCGACUCAGCACUGGUCAGACCACUACAUAACUGUUAAAGGGCUGCUGCACCACACAAUGUUCAGCGUAGUGCUCCAAUGCAGGUGCUGCACAGUGCAGGAAAAAGACGUCACGUUUAAGACCACACUUGUAAAUCAUUGUGUUGCUGACAAGUGAUGAGUUUGUCUGAACGUAACCACUAAAAUGUAGAUUUUUGAUGAUGAUGGAUCAUCUGUGAGAACAGUAAGUUAACUUGGCCAGUUUGUUCAGUGCCGUUUGAACUGCAGGACGAGCAGUGGAGCAAAACACACAUAAAAAUGAAUGUAUGAUUCAGACGAGGACUGCAGAGUUGUACUGGAAAUCAAGCAUCUCACAUGAUCUGGGAACAUAGUGUACAUUUAUCACUGCAAGGUUUUUGAGUGAGUGGGUGGCACUGUCUCUGUGUCUCUCUCUCUCUUUCUCUUUCUCUCUCUGUCUCUCACACACACACUCUGCUUUACCUCUCUCUGCAGUGCCAGCAAAUCUGUCAGAACAUUUGUGGUUGUUAUGGUGACGGAUAUAAAGAGGUGACUGGAUUGGAGCGGAAAUAAAGACUGAAUAGGGCACAAAAAAAAAAAUGGAGGGUGGGGGGUGUUAGUGAUGAGUUUCUAAAUCAGGAUGCUGCUCCAGAAAACAGAGGCUAAUGUGUUGAAAUAAUACCAUAAAUAUCUGUUAUUGUUGUAGACAUGAUACAGUCAAGUGGGAAACAAGAAAGGAAAUGGGAAUGAGAUAAUUAACAUGCGCUAUUAAGAGUCACCAUGACAACCAAAUAAAGUAAAAUAUUAUUGCACCCUUUUGGCAGCAGUCCAGAUCAGAAUAUCCCAAUAUUUACCUGUGAUAAAGCUUUUUAAACCAGAGACACUCAUCCAGUUUGACCAUUGCUAUUGUCCACAAUGUUGUGUAUUCGUGCCAAACAGACCAUAUUCUCCAUUCCAUUAAGCCAUAACACUGUUGAAUUUCUUUUUACUGAGCCACAAAGCAUUGAGUGAGAGCGACUAUGCAGCCUGAAAAGUCUUGCACUGGACAUAUACUGUACUGUUGAUGGUAAGAACCAGACAGGCAGCUACCCUUCUUAUGAUUUGAAAAUAUCACACAGUAGCACACAGUAAAUGCAAUAAGAAAAUGUAAUAAUAAUGAUAAGAAUGGUUCCUCAGCUACAAAUCAUAUGUGACUGAAAAGGAGUUUUAAAGUGUUUCAUACACAGUCAACGCUUUUGUUUUGUUAAGUUUUUGGAGAUAUCAGAGCAGCAGAGGUUGUAAAUCUCGUGAAUUUGUAGUUCAUAUUUUUUUUAUCCUUCACUAACUUUACGAUAGCGGACGCAAUUGUGCAGACCAAUUUCUACGUGAAGCACCUUUCACAGAGUAGCCAGUGAAACCAUCCGUGUGUAAAGAUGGUGCAUUAUUUACUCUCCAACUGUUCAACCUCUCCCAUGGAGGAUGAUUUAAGAAGUCACUCGUGAGUUCUUCCACUUUUUUUUGUAUAAACUUAUAAAGCACAGUUUGAUUCCGUCAAUAGCGUUCUUUGUGUGUUUUAAUGAGCAGCCAUGUCUGUGAUACAUUGAGAAGUGACCUUAUUACUGUAUAAUUCUAUCAUGAAUUGUAUUCUUAGUUGACUUCUAACCAGCAUCACUGAUACAUUUUUAUAAAUAUAGUACUAAGAUCAUUUUUAUUUUUAACUGAUAACAUUCACACUAUGAAAUCCACUGUAUCUGUAGAUUACUAACCCACAGAGCUAAAUAAGAUAAUAAAUACUCAUUUUUGACCAACAUUUAUUUUAAGGUUUGUUACUCUUCCUUGUUUCAUAAAUAAACCUUUUAUUGAAUGUC